UCGUAAAAUUAUAACGAAUAGGCUUAUGCCCAAAAUUUAGUAAAAUUAAAUACAUUUAAAAUCGAUUUUAUGUAAACAAAGAGUGCUGAGAAUCCGAUGUACAUUUGUGACUGACGGCAGCACAAAGCUGAUAUUUCCAAAUUUUGAUCUUUGAGCGACCUUGAAAUGGUGGCAAAACUAUUCAAACGCCUAAGACGCGAGGUCAGGCCCUGCGUUCUUAAGUUUAUGCCGUACUUCGUGAUGUCGUACUACUUUAUGGAAGUGCUGUACUCAGUGGUCAACACCCCCCUUGUGGGCAGAGAAAGAGCCAUUGUGAUGGAUGUCAACGAGGUGUUCGGCCACCUCUACACUGCCUUCGACGUCCUGCUGACCAUCGGCGCCAUCUCCCUCAUCCUCGGCACCCGAAAGGAGGCCAGCGGGGUGACCCUGCUGCUCAUCGGAAGAGUCAUCCACCGACUGUUCUUCUCCAUAUGGACCGUGUUCUUCUACUUUCUGUUCACCGACAGCCUGGAUGUGGGCUCCCUGUUGAUGCUGAUGGCCGCCAAAACCACACUGAGGGAACAGAAUGAACGGCCCCAGGUGGGGGAGUCGCAGUACCAGAUAUUAUUGCUGGGGGGCAGACUCUGCUUGUCCAGUUUGUUUAUAAUGUGGCUGGACGAGGGCCCGGAAACAUUUUUCAGCAUCGUGUCGCUGGGGCUCUUACUCUUCAUAACCCUUGGCUUCCACUGCAAACUCUUCGCCUAUCUGGCCGUAAUCGCCCUCCUGUAUCACGAUGUUUUCAGCAAUCACUGGAGCAUGCUGUGGGGCUGGAACGACACGCUCCUCUCGGUGCAGUACUUCUCCCUACUGUUCUGCAAAAUUGGCGGGCUGCUGAUGCUGUCUGAGCUGGGCGGAGGCAAGUGGUCCAUCGAUGGAUUCAGGAACAGAAACUCCGUGAAAUGGGAGAGGAAGGGCAGCUACCGAAUCGUCAAGAGCCAGGCGGCGGCCUAGGAAAGGUUGCUCGUCGCAAUGAGCCCAUCUUUGCUUUUCCUCCAUCGCCUUUCAACGUUCAGGGGGAUCUACAUAAACUUUAAUGGGAAACACUUUACCAGCGGCUAAUGCUUAUUUUUAUUUGUAUCUCUAUUUGUACACCUGCCCCUCGGCAUCGGAGAGGGCUCUCCAAAUGCUCUUUGAUCCGCGCCUCAGCCGACGUAAAUUAUUAAAAAGUCUCGAGUUGCGCUUAGGCCCUUA